AUGAAGACGAAUCUGGUGUUAGCGAGUGCUGUUGCGGCCCUUCCAACAGUAGUCCUGGCUCGUGAUUUGGUUCUCAACCAAGCCAGAGCCACGGCAUCUGUCGUUCUGGCCGCUGAUGCAGUGUCUCCAAGACCGACACCGCCUCCUGGCUGGGAUAGAUUCGAGCCCAAACAUCUGUUUGGGCGAGCAGCAUCGAGCCAGACGCCGCUGACCAUGAUGAUUGCUCCGGACAAUACUUGUGGUUGGAUAUCUGGCAGCUAUGCUAUUCCGUAUAGCUGCGGCCCUGGGGCCACUUGCGGCCUCGUCCAGGCUCAGGAGACUUUCUCGGGAAUGGCCGUGUGCUAUAACAGUGUUGGAUUUGGCUUCCGAUUCGCAUGUGUCGAUUACAACAUGUAUAAGUCGAGCUCCUGUGAUCAUCUUUGUGCCGAAAACACACAGAUAGUCAAGUGGGCCGCUCCCCACUGCAAUACAGUCUCUUUUCCCGGCAACAUCACCGACUACUGGUGCAACUCAGUCAGCUACUCAAGGGCGCAGGGUGCCUACACCACUUACGCCGGCCAAACUGAAGUCAGAAGCUACACUCGCUUUGUCCAAACCAUUUCCAGCUCACUUCCCACCGCUGCCACCAUCGGCGGUCCAGCCGUCACAGGUACAGACGCCGGUAUACCAGCUUCAGCUACUAAAACUGGCUAUGACGGCAACAACAACGGCGGAGGACGAGGCGACAGCAGGAGCAAGACCCCUGUUGGCGCCAUCGUGGGUGGUGUUGUCGGCGGUGUUGCUUUCAUCGCCAUCGGUCUCCUCGCGCUCGUCCUUUUGCUCCGCAGGAACAAAAAGAAUAGCGGCAAGUCGCAAACCACUUCGAGCGACCACUCGCCCAUGCCACCAAAUGCUACUCCCGGCGUCCCCGUGACCCAGUCCUACUACGGUGUCCCUCCGUCUCAAGGAUGCCCUCCUCAACAGAACACGCCGUCACCCCCCGUAGGAUACUACUCCCCUGGCGGCGCUGUCGAACCGAGCUCACCAACGCAGUCGCACAUGACGGAUCCCCGAAUUAGCCAUUUGACUACCAGUCCGGCGCCGACCUGGACAAACUCGUACACAGCGACGCCGCCCGGUCAGCAGCGACCAACUGGUUUCUCACCCGUGGGAGGCACAUCCCCUAUCGAAGGACGGCCUCACACCCAGGUUCAAUCGCAACCACAGCCGCAACUUCAGGGACUCUUGCACGAAGCCCCGGCCCAGACUGGCGACAAUCAUCGUGGCCAAAUGCAUGAGCUGGCAUAG